AUGUUUUUCGUCGUAGAGCAGUGGCACAAUGUGGCCCUCCGGCCUGCGCAGCUCGGGCGUCGGUACACGCAGUACGUCGAUACUUUGCUUCGCCAACAGGUCGAGGGCAAGUGUCUGCACAACUUGGGCUACAUCAUCUGCGUGAUCCGCAUAGUCCACAUGGAGGCUGGCAGAGUGCAGGACGGAACAGGCAUGGUCAUCGUCGCGGCUCGCUACCAAGCUAUCGCCUUCAAGCCUUUCAAAGACGAGGUCCUUGACGCGGUUAUCACCGACGUGAACAAACUUGGGCUGUUCGCCCAGUGUGGACCUCUGAAGGUUUUCGUCUCUCGGGCCUCUCUGCCUCCCUCCUUCGUUUACCAGGAUGAUAGCGCAGUGGGGUGUAUGACAGACGGCGAGGUUGAGCUGCGCGUCGACAGUGACAUUCGGCUUCGGCUGCUCGGCGUGCGCUACGACUCGAUGAAUCUCUUCGCGAUCGCAACGAUCAACGAAAGUUUCUUAGGCCCGAUCCACCACAGCAAUUUGGGAGGUCCAGGCAACGCAGCCUUGUUCGGAAGUCUGGGGCCGGCCUCGUCUGACUUCCUCCCUCCGCAGUCGUCGACGCUUCACUCCCCUCAUUCCCCGACUCUAUGA